AUGGCAGUCCUCUCAGGCCAAGAGAGCAGCUUGUGCAAAGGCCCAGAGGCAAAGCUUUGUGCAACUGGAGGACCAGCGGUGAGAGUCCUGCAGCUGAUGAGCAAUGGUAAGACCUUCUCGAGGGUGGAGGAGGAGCUGAGCUGGUCCGAGGCCAGGCAGGACUGCAGGCUGCACCACACAGACCUGACAGACCCGCAGAGCGUGAACAGCUUGAGCAGCGAACGCUCUGAGGCGUGGCUCUGCCUCUUCUGGGAUGCGCGCGUUCACGGCCUGAGCUGGGUCAGCGGCUCCACCGUCGCCACCCUGGUGUGGAGUCUCCUGCGUCUUCAAGGAGGGCGUCUGGGGGCUGCCUCGUGCACAGCUCAGAAGCCCUUCACCUGCUGUGAUGGUGCUGCCGUGGGACCCCGCAUCUUCACGGAGCCUGCUCUCAGGCUGACCACCUCUCCAAAGCCAGCUGUGGUCCAGAUUGGUGGACAGACCUUCAUGCGAUUUGACCUAGAAAUGACGUGGCAGGCGGCCCUGCUCUACUGCCGCAGCCACCAGACAGACCUGGCUGACCUGCAGACGGUGAUUGACGAGGCAGACAAGGAGGCCUUGAAGUCCAUCACGAGUGACACUGAGGCCUGGAUUGGCCUCUACUUCAACGCGGCCUCUCGGUCUCUGAGCUGGUCCAGUGACUUGGGUGCCAGCAUCCCCACCUGGCUACAGGUGCCCGAGUUCUGGCCAGGACUGUGUGCGGGAAUUGGCACCUUCGCGCGCUACUCCCCUAGAGUUUAUGCAGUGGUCUGCUCUGCCCUGAAACCCUUCAUCUGCUUCUACAAUGCCUCCAUUGGACACCGGGAGUCGGCACAGCUCCCUCAACUCUUCUACACUCCCUCAGAAGUGACAGUGGGGAGCACACCCAGGCCAGGGAGGGCUGUGCCCAGUGGAGGGAGUGGCACUGAUACGAGAGAUGCAGCUACUGCCACAGAGGCACAUUUGAACUCAUCUAACCACCCAGACUCUGAAGAAAAAACUCCAGCACCAGAAUCAGGGCAACACUUUGGAAUACUGAAAGCAGAUUUUACCAUCCCAGCUCUGAUGGACCCAGAAAAUAUGAAAGACCAAUUUUUGAGUGAGAUCCAAGAAGUCUUAAAGUUUACAUUAGGUCAUGAAACAUUCAGAUUGAAAUGGAUCAGCUUUGAAGUAAACAAAAAAUAGCACAAGUCUACUGAUCUGGAGUCUC